UUUGUUUUUAUUGUAAAAUUUGCAUAAAAGACAUUUCGAAACGACAUUUGCAGUAGUUAGUGCAUACCGUUCGAAGUGAUUAGUACAGAACAAAUAUCGGAACGAAAUGGCCGGAGUGUCUAACAACAAGUACUUCGCAGCGUUUAUACUGUUGAUAGGUGUCGCCUGCAGCCAUGCCGAUGACACUAGAAUCUCCAAAACGGACAUAGAAUCGUUUAUUUCGCUCAAUCAAUUGUUAGGCUCUAUACUUAAUGAUUCCCACCAAUUAAGCUUAUAUGUUUAUGAAAAGAGUGGUGAAUUAUGUCGGAAAAUACUCGAUGACGAUGAUACCUACAAUCUCGAAAGCAGUGAGCAAUUUGAGAGUGGCGAAACUGUUAUGAGCAAUUGUGUUAAUCACGUUGUGAAUCGUUUUGAUCCCACAGAGAGUAGGGAUGAUCUUAAUGAAAUCCUUUUGCGCAAAUAUGGUUUUGAGGAUAUUCGAAAGUUGGUGGAUCAAAAAUAUGAUGAAUUUUACAAAGAAAUUGUGUGGCGCAUAGAUGAAUAUUUGUUUGGUUUGACUGUGGAGCAGCAAGGCAAAGCGACUGCACAAAAUCUGAGAAUGUGGACUGGUAGAAUCCAGUUCGCCCGAACUUUGUCACAAAAAGAAAUGGUUUAUAGAGCUUGUGCUCGAUAUUUUUAUUUUAUGGAAGAGUGUGAGUUAUGAAAUGUUUUAAUAUUAAAAUAAAUGUAUUCAAGAAUAAACCUUUUGAAAAUGCAAGCAAA